AUGCUGAUAACUUUGACAUCUACUGCAGAUACAGCACGGGCCGUGCUCGCUGUCUUACGAGACAGCAUCAAUAACGGUACCGAUCUAUCGCCAGUCACACUCUUGUCUGGGCACACUUUGACCUACAGGGAGCUUUUCCAAUUGAUCCAAUCACGCGACCCUGCCUGGGAGUCAAACCCAGUGACCUUUUCGGAAGUCCUUAGGGACAUAGUUGAAUCCAAGGAGAAUGGUCCCGGUUUACCCUUCCACCAGAUGAGGAUCCUUGGAUUUACGAAUGCAAAUCACAACCCCAGGGAGGAGGCCUUAGAAUGGGGCACUGGUGUUCUCCAAGGGCUGCGCGCCACUCCUGUUAAGGAAUUUUUGGACCAGUCAGAAGCUAGUAAGGACAGAUGA